AUGAGUCAGCCCUUCGGCUCCUUGCAAAUCGACUGUAUCUUCUUCGAAGCAUUCCUCGCCAAGCUUGGAAACGUCGCCUGUCUCGCCGGCCCCGUCAUCUACGUCCGCCUAUCAUUCCUCCUCGAGGUCUGGGACUCGCACGUGAGGGAGAGCGUCAGGGAGCACCCGAAUCUGCACCAGCACUGGCUGCACACCUUCGGCGAGGACUGUCACCUCACGCAACGUCUGGGCGCCAGGUUCGGCCCCGGCUCGACAGGCAUGCUUACCGGCACGGUUUCCGAGACGGAGCCGGCCGUGCCCCUGGCGGAUUUGCUCCUGCAGCGUCGGAGGUGGUUCCUGGGUGCGGUGGCCACCGAGGCUGCGUACUUGUGCAAGGCCGACUUCUGGAGGAGCACACCUUGGUUGUCCGCUUAUAGGCGGAAGUGGUAA